AAGUAUAUUAAAAAGAAUACUUAAAUACACUGUCGAGUUAUAGGUAUAUAGACCUCAGGUAUCUUGUACCCAUAUAAAACCUGUAUUAACAAACAGUCAACAUAGAUAUCCGCUCAAAAGAAGUCGUACAGAUGAUGGCGGAGAGAAUAAAGUUCCCAUUUGAAAUCAAUAAUGUCACUGAGGAGGAGGAUAAAAUUGUGAAAAAGUAUUACAAACGUUACACUCGCCCAUUCGUCAGAGUGGGGCCUCAGGGGUAUUGUUGGAUGGCAGGCUAUGGAGACAAGGCCGAAGACAUCUAUAACCUCAAGGUGCGAACUGAUGACAUUUGGGUUGUGUCAUUCCCACGCUCUGGUACAACAUGGUUACAAGAGCUGGUUUGGUUGUUAAAUAAUAACUUAGACUAUGACGGCGCUGCCGCUACAUUGCUGACUAAACGAUAUGCGUUUAUUGAAUAUCCAACUCAAGCGCCUGAAAUUAUGAAAAGUCCACCUUCUAGCGGCCACGGUGCUACGGUUUACGAUUACCAAGACCUGCAUACUCUUCCGUCUCCAAGAUAUGUGAAGACACACGUUAACCUCGACUUUCUACCACCUAAAUUGCUUGAUACUGCUAAAGUGUUCUACGUCGCUCGGGACCCUCGUGACGUGGUCGUCUCCUUCCACUUCAUGCACAAACUGUUUAGAUACUUCGACGAGGGUGUUCAGUUCAACGAGUUUUGGGAUCUCUUCAAAAGGGACUUGUUGAUGCACAUGCCAAUAUUCCCGCAUCUAGAAGAAGCCUGGAAACAUCGAGACCACCCCAACAUGAUGUUUUUGUUCUACGAAGAAAUGCAGAAGGAUUUGCGUAGCGUCAUCGACAGAGUUGCGGAAUUCCUUGGAAAAGCGUACUCAGAUGAGGAAAAGAAUAAAUUAGCUGACCAUUUGAACUUUGAUAAUAUGAAGAAACAUACUCCCAUAUUAGAGCAUGUGACUACAAAUGACAACAAGGAUUCAGAAAUGAAGUUUAUGAGAAAAGGUAAAUCCGGUAACUGGAUAAACUAUUUUGAUACAGAAGAGUUGCGAAGGGAAGCCGAGUUAUACAUGGAAGAACAUCUCAAGAACACAGAUCUUCGUUUUCCAAAAGUUGAUUAAAUAUACCUUUUACAUAUAGUAUAGUAAAAAAAAACGUU